AUGGCUAUCUUUGCUCGUUAUGAGGCAUUGAGAAAAGAAAUCAAAGCCCUCGUGGCUGAAAACGAGGAACUGAAACAGCUGGUGCUGCUCUUACGCGAGAACCAGGAGCUCAAGUCUGCCCUUCACGACCAAUUCAACGAGAGGAAUCAGCUGCCCGACUUUGAAUCCACCCGUCUGGACCAACAAGAACCGUUAGCCAACCAGGCCUUCCUUGGCGCUUCCAACUUGGAUCAAUCCCAAAAUUCCCAGUGCACCAGCUUGCGGCUAGGCAUUCGACAGCGACAUCCUUCUGGCCUCACAGCCCAGCUCACCACACAAUACCCUCCACCCCCUUGCACUUGUACUUGUGCUUCAGGAGCCAUGGCUGCCAGGCAGAGCCCUCCCCGCUUCCAGGCCUGCUCUCCAGGUUCCGCUUCAGCCAGUGGCACUUCCAGCCCGAAGUUCGCCGCCCCAGCCACUCCUCCCACCUCCCUCCACCCCUCCAGUUCCCGUGGCUACUGCCACGAGUGUGCCUUCCCAUGGCACCCGCACCGGCCCCCUUCGCCCCCAACCUUUGCCAGCGGCACCCCCUCACCUUUCCUGCCCUGCUGGCCUCAGCCCAGCCUUCAGCACUUUCCUGUGGCACCUGGUUCUAGUGCCCAUGGGAUCCCCACUGCCUUCCAGGCUUUUGGCUUUGGCCAUGGAGGCACCGCACCUUCCCAGCCACCGCUGCCGCUCGCCUUUUGGAUGGGGCCAGGUGGUGUGGCUGGUGGAGGUGGCCCUUUGGUUGCUGCUCCGGUCCAGAGCACUUUUCUGCCUGUGGCACAGGGCAGCCAGCCCCCCGCUGCCCUGCCACAGCCCCCCACACCCUCUCCUGGCCCGACCCCCCCACCUGAGGUUGGGAAAGGCGAGUCCCCAGCUCCGGAGGAAGCCCCGCAGCCCCUGCAGGCGAAGGAGAGCAGCGGCUCUGUCCAGCGAGAGGGUGCCGCCGACAGCCGCAACAGCACCAUUGGCACCGGAGAGACAGAAGCCAACAAGCAGGAGCGCAUUGUGGGUGAGGUCGCCUUUCAGCUGGACCGCCGCAUCCUCUCCAGCAUCUUCCCUGACCGACUCCGCCUCUAUGGCUUCACCGUUCGCAAUAUCCCUGAGAAAAUCUCACAGAGAGAAAAGGACCCCUUCCUGCAGCUGAGCCCGGAGCAGUCCGAGGCCAUCAUGGAGCGCUACAACAGCAUCAUGGACUCCCUGAAGCCCCUGGGCUACGACCCCAAGGUCCACCCGAGCCUGACAGAGCGCACGGUGAACACCUUUGGCAUCCUUCGCGAGCGGCCCGAAAUCUCCAGCCCCGAGGCAGCUGCCUACGGCAACCUCCAGCACUUGGAGGAGGUGGUGAAGAGUGUGGUCCCUGCCGAAAUGCUCGAGGACUGCCUGCUGCUGCUGAACUGCCUCCAAAAGCUCUCGCAGGAGGACGGGAAGCCCCUCUUCAUCUGGUGA